UUUAAGAGUUCUUCUGGAAUUGAGCCAUUCGCUUUCCUCACCUCUGCUUCAUCUUCCAUCAACGUUGGAGCUCUUCUUCUCUGUGAAUUUCCUCUCAUUCUUCUUCUUCUUCUUCUUCCUUCCAUACACUAUUUUCUGUUUCUCCAAUGGCCGUUUGAUUCUUUACUCUCAGUUUCUCGCCGGUUUCAAGCCAAUCUGCCUUUGAGGUCACUCUCUCCCGGAUGUUUUGGAAUUGACAGCAUUUCAUUCAGCGAAUUAAUGGUGGCUAAUAUGAAGAAUACUGCUCAUGGGAUUGUACCAGAGUAUGGUGCAAUUUUUAUGUCAAAUAGUAUGACUAGAACAGAAUGCUUCGAAAGGAAGUUAUUUGGUCUUCCAUCUUGGCUAGGCAACUUUGUUCUACAAAUUAAAUCUGGGAUGAUUUUAUUUCUGUUUGAAUACGAGAAUAGAGUACUUCAUGGUGUAUUUCAGGCAGUUUCAGAUGGUGCAAUGAACAUUGUGCCCCAUGCUUAUAGCUCAUCAGGGCAGCAAUUCCCUUCCCAGGUUAAGUUCUCUGUACUUUGGUGCUGCAAUCCCCUUUCUGAAGACCAAUUUCAAAAUGCCAUAAAAGAAAAUUACUUUUCAACAAAGAAGUUCAACUUUGGGCUGUCUAAAGUUCAGGUGCAUAGGCUUUUAUCCCUGUUUAGAUUGACAAAAUUUAGUGACCGACUCUGUCCGAGACAGUUAAGCAGUGAUUCAUUUGAGCGUUCAAGUGAUCUCUUACUUGAUGGAAGUCGAAGUGUUGCUGUUGGUAAUGGGCUUAUGUUGAAUGGGAGUUUACAAGAGAAGCUAAUAGAGGGUGAAGACCGAGUUAACACUAUGCAGGAGAGUGCUACUCUUUCCCAUUAUAAUAUCAGAAAUGGAAUUACUUCCUUAGACAAUUCUAUACAUUGUGCUCAUACGGAUACUAGAAACCUCGCAUGUAAUUCAGGUUUCCUAAGUUAUGCUCAAAUCACGAUGCCCAGCCGCUACAGCCAAUCAUACUGCAUGACUAGUAUGCCUUUCCAAUCGUCUGUAAAUUUAGAAGACAUUACAGAUCCUGUGACUCAAAGUCAAAUAAAUUUGUCAUGUUCUGUUCCUAGCUUACUUUCUUUGCCUACACGAGAGUUCGAAAAUGAUGGAGGCUUGAGGAGGUCUAUCCUCACUAGCGAGUACCCUUCCUAUGGACUCAAAGAUACCCUUUUCCCAUAUCAAAAUGAGCAGGGCUUAGCAAGGCAGGAAGUUAUGGAAGCAUAUUAUGAGCAUGUUCCCAAGACAAAAGAAUUUCCCAGUCAAUUGCCUUUUGAUUCUGUCGAACUCUCGAGGAUGCCCUCAAUUGUGCAUACAGCAGUGAACCAUGGACAUGAAUGCCAUGGAUCUUCUGGAGGCAUGCAUUCUGAUUGUGAAAGAAAGAGCAGCGUGUUUUCUCGUUUAGCCUAUCCAUCUGAUGCAAGUAUACAAGAAUUUAGUGACUAUGACCAUGAGAAGGUAGAAAUGGAUCCAUCUAAUGAUGAAGUUAGGUCUAUAUUGCAACGACAUCACUGGCAAAGGAAGAAGACUAACCACGAAGUGCGAAGUCCAGAGAGCAAUGUUGGCAGGAAAUUUGUGAAGAAAAAAUGGACAAAAUCUUCUGUAAGUUCACAUGGUAGUAAUUGCUUUCAAGUUUCAGAUAAACAUGGGACAAAAAAUGAGGACACUAUAGAUUGUAACACUAACCAUAUUGCUGGAUCAUUUGUGGAUUUCAAGCGGCGAAGAAAACAAUGCAAAGUUGAGGACAGUGUCCCAACUGGAGGGGAAAAUGUGAAUGUUGGAAGUGUUCAGUUGUCAGGUGUGCAACAGAAAAGAAGAAAGUUGAUUCGACCAAAUUUUGCCGAUAAUGAGUUGCGUGAUUCUGGAGAUACCAACAAUGUUUCCCAAAGUUUAGAUAGUCUCUCUCAAGGGAAAGCUAGUAUUGAUCAUAUGAUUGAGAUGGACAAGACAGAGAAAUUAUGUCCCGCUGUCGAAUUGCCAGAUAUUAUUUGGCUGGUCGAUGAUGAAGACAAGAAUAUGGGUAGCGAAACUGUAGCAACAGAUGAGGACGCUUACGGGUCUAAUAGAAAUGGUUCUGAAGAUUGGAUAGCAUCCUCAAAUUAUACCUCCAAAGAUCUUGGAGUGAACGAGAACUGUCGUCUUACACAUAAUUGUUCAACUUCAGAGGAUCACACGACCUUCCAAAAUCUCAAUAAUUCUGGUUUAUGUAGUCGACAAGAACCGUCCUCGGAAGGUUCUGAACUAAAUGCUGGGAAUAGUUCUAUAAGGUUUAAUGAAGGCAGCAACAAAUCCAAUGCAAAGGAAUUAAUUGAAAGCUCGAAAAUGGUCGAACCAUAUCAAGAUUAUUUCGCUGUGACAGAAAGCUCAAGCCCUCUGAAGUCAGCUUCAGAAAGUGCUCCUGAAGAAGUUAUUGAGAGAAGAAAGCAACAUAAUGAAAAUGAAGAGCGUUUACACCCGAAACUGAACUACGAUGAUCCGGGAUGUUUCUUUUGACGUGUUUUUCGUGUUUAUACUAUGAUACCUUUUUUGUUUUAGUGAAAUUACUAUGAAGCUUUUUGUUGCAACAGUGAUAUUGCAAAUGCUACUUGGAAUUGGCACAUGAAUAUGGCGGCAAGCCACAGCUCUGAUGAAUUAAAGAGCUGACAGACUUAACAGGUAUUUGUCUUUUGUAGAAGUUAAUGUUUUGUUCUUCCUGUGGGGGUCGGUGGUGUAUAGAACUCUCAAGUCAUCAUGAAAUGUACUGACAUAGGGAAGCUUAGAUUAGAACAGAUGGUCGGUGCUACAGAAAUGCAACUGUUUUUUUCUAACUGUCUCAUGUUGGGGGAUUCAUUAGCCCCUCCUUUUUUGUAUAGACUCUGGUUUGAAUUCAAAUUUUCAGCUUUCCAUGCCAAAAAAGUAUGAACUCCUUGCUGCU